CUACGGGUCCUCACAGCUAUAGAAACAUUCCCGUGGUGACAGUCCCACUCUUCCUCUUCCUGGUUCGGCACUGUUGUUCUCUUUCUUCAGUCUGAUUCGUUUCUCAGUUCGGGUACUUCGGUUCGACUCGUCAUGCCGCUCAAGCCCCAGGUGAAGGUUUAAAGUGCCGGCUGGUGUUGGUUAACUAACCAGCUACGUCUCCGGGUUAGCAGCCGUUAGCCGAUAGCGGUGUGCUAGCUGCGGCAGCCUGUCACUCAGGGAUGUUUGCAUCAUGCUGUAACUGGUUGUGCAUGGACUCGACCAACGCUGAGCUGUCUGAUGGAGCUGAGAGACGGAACCAGUCCUACACCAACUCUGCCUUCAGCAGCCAGCCGUCUCCUCCGGCCGGGCCCAGCUGUAAGGGCUGCGGCGGGGGCUUUGACGCCUCCGCCAGAAAGCACAUGUGCGUGGACUGUAAGAAGAAUUACUGCAGCCGAUGCUCUGCCCAGCAUGAGCAUCGGCCCCGCCUCUGUCACACCUGUCAACGUUUCUAUGGUAACCUGCUUGAGCGGGCGGAGCUAAUGAAGCUGAAGGUGAAGGAGCUCAGGGACUACCUACACCUACAUGAGGUCUCCACACACCUGUGCAGAGAGAAGGAGGAGUUGGUGGAGCUGGUCCUGGGUCAUCAGUCUUCACCAUCCAACAGCUCCACCCCUGACACUCCAACUUCCAACCCUACCUCUGAGACUUCUGACCUGCCUGACCUCAGUCCUAACAUCUCUGUCUUAACUCCUGACCCUGUCACACCUGCACUAGUCCAGAACCCUGACCCCCCUCCGCUACAACCUGAAGCCUCUCCCACAUCAAUAGAGACCCCCCCCACUGAGCCAGACCAAGAUGAAGACCAGAACUGGGACCCCGAGGACAUCCCGGUUUCAGGUCGCCGGGCUUCUCUGUCAGACAUCAGCUGUGAGGAUGAUAUUGAGGCUCUCAGCGUCCGACAGUUGAAGGAAAUCCUGGCCAGGAACUUUGUCAACUAUAAGGGCUGCUGUGAGAAGUGGGAGCUGAUGGAGAGAGUCACCCGGUUGUAUCAGGACCAGCAGAAUCUACUGUCUGCCAAUGCUGUGAAUACUUCAGACUCUGGUGGUUGUGGUCUGGGUAAGGAAGAGAACCUGUGUAAGAUCUGUAUGGACUUGCCGAUCGACUGCGUCCUGCUGGAGUGUGGUCACAUGGUCACCUGCACCAAAUGUGGUAAGAGGAUGAAUGAGUGUCCCAUCUGCCGCCAGUACGUCAUCCGAGCCGUCCACGUCUUCAAGUCCUGAGUCCACCAGGCCCAACCUGAUUACAGGGCUGAACAUCUUGAAACCUCCCUGAAGGGACCUACUACAGGGGCUCAGUGCUUUUAUUUUGUUAGGUCUAUUUUUCUAGUAUAAAUACAACGUGCAGUAUGUGAGAAGUGGCCUUAUCUGACUUUCAGACAUGAAUGUACAACACAUCUGUUCAUGAGCUUUAAGCCCUGAGCUUCUCUACCCAGAGCCUUUGUGCCUUUCACAAGCUUUUUCCUAAGACUCGAUGUGAAUGGGUUUUUGAAGGUUUGUCCACAGACUUGGAGAAGGACCAAAGACAAUCGGCUCCAGCUGCACGGUAUCAAGUCUUCCUUUGACCUUUAAUUUCCUGAUGAUGCUUAAAAUCAAACGGACUGUGUAGUUACACUGUAGAUUACAGUCAGCGGAGUAAGGUAUGGGCAACUCUGUGGGUCUCCCAAGGCAAACCUACACAUUUUCCUUUUCCUACGGACUGGUUGAUUUGAUUGAUUUCAAGUUUCCACCACAGGCUGGUGAUUUUAUGAGCAUUACCAUGUGUGCUGGGAUGCUGCAAACUGUUGGCAGCGUUCAUGUACAAGGAAGGACGCGUCAGUCAGUACCCAUGUGCUGGUGCUGAGAUUGAACCAGAGUAAACAUGGUGUCUAACACUGACCAGCUUAAAGAGACAAACGAUGACCACUUUGUUUUCACGUGAUGGAUCUGAUGCUGCUACUGUUCCUUCAGGCUGUCGUUCAGGAUGUCGAAAGUUGCCUUAAAACAAACUGACCUUUUAUCAGGUUUGAUGUUCAUUUUAUGCCUACAUUUCCAUUGAACAGUCUGUUUGCCUUUAUAGUUGUCUGGUUUCUUUUUGUUGUUUUUUUUAGGUUGUGAACAUUAUGUUUUUGUAGCCAGUUUAACCAAAAAGUGACUGUUCUACUCACAUUCUUUUAUUGACAUUUAAGACAAGACAGUUGUUUCUGUUUGAAGAAUAAAAGGGAACAUUUAAAAAGCCUGUAAACAGAGUUACAGAAAUGUUUAUAAAAAUUGCAAAGACAAUAGUUUAAUAAUGAUCAUCUCCAAAAGGUUCCUGGAAUUAAUACUGCAACAAGGUGCUUGGAUUCCUGAAACUUAACUUGUGCGUAGACUUGUGCACUGGACUUUGAUCUUUUGUCAUUUUAUACUACAUCAGGUUUAAUGGAAACAACAGUUAAACCCGGGACAUGUGCCUGAGAGGCUCCAAAUUUUGUACAAAGAAGAUCACAUGAGUUAUGGGCCACUGCCUGCAGACUCUGGCAUGUUGAACAUUGAUUUAAACAGUUCUUUGGUUAGACACUGGUGAUGUGUCUUGUCUUUUGCACUAAUCUAUCAAUGCUGUAACACUUUGUAACAUUUUGGUCAAAGAUUGGUCUGGUUUUGUUCCUGUGAGUUUAAGUUUGAGUUUGUUGUGUAUAGUCUUGCUUUUACUUGUUGUGAAAUUAAGCUUGACACUUUUAGAUUUGGGAGCUCUUAUUUACCCUUAGUCUGUUUUGGUCGUUUAUUGGGAUUAUGGAAGCUCAGCCUUAGUCCUCUUAAAGUGCACUUUGAAUCCUUCCUUACAGUAUAACUGAAUAUGACUAUAAUCAGGGCUCUGAUACUAAAGCAACGCCGCUGGGAGCAGAUGUCCACAGCACAGGUUUUGUGGUUUGUAAUAAUCCAGUAAUUAAAAUGAGAUUUUAGGCUGUAAAACAGGAAACUUUGUGCUGCAGAUUGUAACUUUGCCUUUCAACCUCAUAAAACGUCUGACCCACAGGUUUGCAGUAAUUCAUUCAAACCCUGAGCUAUUAUCAUAUAUUUUAAUAAAUUACAGCGUUUAGUUUUGAGUUGAGUGAACCUUAUAGUAUAAUUUUUUAAUAAAACAGAUUUUUGGGUGA